AUGUCUAUCAAAAAGGUCGUCGUUGCUGCCGCCGCAUUUGCUGGUCUCCUUCCAGCCACAUUAGCCGGCACCGCCAAGGUUCAGAACAACUGCGGAUAUCCCGUUUAUCUCUGGUCGGUCGGCGGAGACAACGGGCAGAUGAACGUGAUUCCACCCAACCAUAGUUAUGCGGAACAGUACCGUGUCGCCCGAAAUGGAGGCGGUAUUUCCCUCAAGAUCUCCAAAAAUCAAAACCUUGCGAGUAUCACGCAGUUUGAAUACACUCUUGCCGGUAACAAAUUGUUUUACGAUAUUUCAGCCAUCAACGGGGAGCCAUUCGUGAAUGAUGGCAUAAGCCUCAGUUCCCCCAAUGGCAAUUGCCAUAAAGUUAUUUGCCCUCCGGGUGAAAGUCCUUGCAAGAGCGUCUACAACAAGCCAAACGACGAUUUCGCGACUCACUCAUGCUCCGCUGCUGCUGACCUUUCACUUGUCCUCUGCACUGGCGGCAGACAGCAGGUAUAUAGUCCUCGCCGGCCGCCCAGCGCCUAA